CAUUCACUGUUCCCAUAGCACGAGCACGAGUGCACGACCAUAUCCUUCCACGGCAAUGGCGGCGGCGGCGGCGGCCUCUCCAGCGAGGGCUUCGUGGCGGCCUGUGAUUCCGGCCACCUCUGCUUACGCAACCAGGAGCUGCUUCCGCGUUAGAGCUAAGCGCUUUGCAGGGCUCCAAACGACAUGCACCUGUCUGCACCAAGCCAUGAGGCUCACAGCUGCUCACGUCAAGAGCGGCGAAGCCGAAGGGCGUCCAAGCACGGAGAGCGCCGCUGCCGGCACCCCGGACGAAGAAUCCUUGCGACGUGAGCUCGAGACGGCGAUACAGGAGGAGGACUACGCUCGCGCCGUGGCGCUGCGGGACGAGCUCCGUGUGCUCCAGGAGGACGGCAGGUCCGCGGUCCUCGCGGCGAACACGCGGUUCUACACGGCGUUCAAGAACGGCGACCUCGUGGCGAUGCACCAGGCCUGGGCCAAGGGCGACCACGUCUACGUGGUGCACCCGUCGGCGGGGAGGAUCUCCGGGUACGAGAUGGUGAUGCAGAGCUGGGAGAUGGUCUGCGACGCCGACUACGAGUUCCCGCUGCAGAUCGACCUGCAGGACGUGGAGGUCCAUGUGAGAGGCGACGUUGGCUACGUCACCUGCCUAGAGCUGAUCAGGACCAAGGGGAGCAGCAGCUGGGGGAAGCAGGUGGCUACCAAUGUGUUCGAGAAGGUUGAUGGCAAGUGGUUCAUGUGCAUCCACCACGCUUCACACUUCGAUGAGUGAAAGUGAUUUUCAUUGGCCUGCGAGAGCCUGAGAGGUAGAGUACAGGCGUGACACAUAGAAUUCGGAUUUGAGAAUGGCGAUAUCUCCGUUUGUUUUUAGUUGCAUUACUAUUUUUUUUCUUUCUGCUUGAGAGAAAAGGGAAGAAAAAAAAAUCAAUGGUUUGCCGGUUUGAAUAGCAAGGACCAAGCUGGCAUAUCAUCUGACACUAUGUUGUCUUAGUUUUGAUGCUUGCUCAUCUUACAUGCUGCAUGUUUACAGUUGAUGUGGUCAAAGACUCAGAGUGAAAUGUCUUCAGAA